AUGGAUGGUUUCACCUACGAUAUGAACAAUUAUCCAGAUGCUACUCCUGGUGACUCGAACCCAAUUUUCAACGCGUACGAUGCGAGCGGGAAUUUAAUACCGCAAGUGCUUCCGUCUGGAAAUUAUUUUGACGUGAAUGGCGAUGGUUUGGAUGACAAUGAUCCUAAGCGUCGGCGCAUCGCUCGUGCCUGCGACAUGUGCAGAAAGAAGAAAAUCAAAUGUGAUGGCAGGCUUCCAAAAUGCGGUCACUGUACAAACUACAAGACAGAAUGCAUAUUUACACACAUCGAAAAGAAACGCAAUCCACCGAAAGGCGCGAAAUACAUCGAGGGCCUCGAAAAUCGUCUUGGCCGGAUGGAACAAUUACUCAAGAUAUCUGGCUUGAUCACUGAUGAAGAGGCCGGUCGUAGCGACCUUGGCGCGAUUGAAAGACGUCUGGCUGAGAAGAAGUCGCAAGCAGUCAAACCAUCAUCUCCGAGGCAGAUCCACGAUACAGCCACCCCUUCCUCGCAGCAGCAAGAUUCGCGGAUUGGUACUCCUCAACAUACAGUGGCAACUCCUCAGGAUUCUGUGACCUCGCCUAGCAGUAAUAGUCCCAAGACUGCCGACGUAGAAAGCAUAUCUGAUAUGAUGUGCUCUCUAGUCACAAAUGGUAGUGGUGAAACACGAUAUAUUGGUUCGUCUUCGGCGUUUUCCAUUUUCUCCCAGAAAGGCAUCGAGUGGGUGAACGAGAAGACUGGCGAUAAUUCCUUCCAAGAGACGAUACAGAAUGCCGUGAACGAAGAAGACGAGAAGAAAUGGAUGUACUGGAAACCAGAAAUCUUCGGCGACCUCUUCAUGCGACGUAUUUUCAGACCACUUCCACCCAGGGAUGAGGCCAUGUCUCUCUUCAAAGACUAUUUCGAAAACUUCAACUGCAUGUUUCCACUUUUCCACGAACCGACCUUCAUGCACCUUGCCGAGAAACAGUAUACAAAUGACCCAUACCAAAGCAGCAGUUGGUGGGCGUGUAUGAAUAUCGCCUUGGCAAUUGCGUACAGAUUGCGAGUUAUGAGUCAGGUCGUACCACAAGAGGACGACCAAAAGGCUUGGCUUUAUCUGAAGAAUGCGUUGGCAGUACUCACCGAACUCCUCAUGGCCAACGCGGACCUGCUUGCGGUACAAGCGCUGGUAGGAUGUGCUUUCUUCAUGUGUGGUACUGCAAACCCACAACCUUCAUUCUUUCUCAUAUCCGCAGCACUUCGUUUAUCUCACAGCAUUGGUCUACACAAAAGAGGUGCAAGUUUCAAUCUGAACCCAAUAGAGGCAGAACAACGCAAGCGGGUCUUUUGGUUGGCUUACAUACUGGACAAGGAUACUUGUCUGCGAUCUGGUCGCCCGACGGCUCAAGACGAUGACGAUAUGAAUGUCGAGUUACCUUCAGAGGAUCCACCGGAUAACGUUGGCAAUAUCCCCCUGGCCGAUGGCAAAGGCAAGGUCAACCUCUUCAGGCUCAUGUGCGAGUUUGCUACCAUAAGCAGCAGAGUCUACAAAAGACUAUACUCGGUUGAAGCAUCAAAACAGAGUGACGGUGAAUUACUAAACACAAUAGGCGACCUCGACAAGGAGCUUGAAGAUUGGAAGGACAAGAUUCCUAUCGACUUUCGGCCUGAGCAUGAAAUCAAAGCAUCACACACCCCGCUAGUAGUACAUAUUGUGGUACUGCACUUCUCAUACUACAAUUGCCUAGCGACGAUACACCGCAUGUCAGUCCACCACGGAUACUGGACUAGUCGUCUCGCAGACUAUGCCAUCUCUGGUUUGAAUGCAAAGCCUUUGAACCCUCGAGUCUUCUCCUCUGCAGCACUCUGUGUGCAAGCGGCUCGAGCGUCAAUUCACCUCAUCAAGUAUAUCCCACAGAGUGAUUUCGCUUGUGUCUGGUUGGUGAUCUACUUCCCAGUAUCAGCUUUGGUCACCAUUUUCGCCAACAUAUUACAGAACCCCCAAGAUGCUAGAGCGAGAACAGAUGUCAAGCUGAUGGAUCUGGUCGUCAACUUCCUGUCAAAUGUGACUGCUGAGGAGGGUACGGGCUCAUUCAAGCGAAUGUGGGCAAUCUGUUCAGAAUUUACAAGAAUAGCACGGCUUUGUCUAGAUAAAGCAGAGAAAGAGGGCAUGAAGCGCAAGCGAAAGAUGUUGCCCGAAGAACAACAGAGUCUAGCAGCCGGACAAAGAGCAAUGGCCCAAGCUCAAGCCUUGGCACAGAAUAUGACGAGGCCAAUGACUCCUCCAAAAUCACGUGCCUCAGUAGGUGGAUCCGCCUUAGGAAGUAGCAACACCUCGAAUAUGGCAGCGCAAAGAUCACCUCAAUCAGGACCGGGAAACCAACAACGGUUUACAGCGGAAACACCAACGUCAACAACAGGCUUUCCCCUUUCAAAUUAUGCUGAAGCAUUCACAACAGCUCCCAGCAUGGAUGCACCUUUUCUUGGGAAUGUACCAUCAACAACAAUGUCUCCCGUCGCUUUCGGUACUUCUUUCCAACAGCCUUUCGUACCACAAGAUCUGUGGCAAAUGCCGAUGACCUUCGAGUGGGACAUAUGGACUGAUUUGAACAAUCAAGGCUACCAGAACCUCGAUGGCAACGAUGCGAUGCUUAACAAUGGCAACAACAUGCAAUAA